AUGGAGGAAAAUCAGACCUCUGUCACAGACUUCAUCUUGCUGGGAUUUUGUCUUGACCCAAGGAUUCAUAUGUUCCUUUUUGGAUUGUUCUCUCUAUUCUAUACCUUUAUUCUGCUGGAAAAUGGGAUCAUCUUGGGGCUCAUUGCACUGGACUCCAGACUGCACACCCCCAUGUACUUCUUCCUCUCACACCUGGCCCUCAUCGACAUAGCCUAUGCCUGCAACACGGUGCCCCAGAUGCUGGUAAACCUCCUGAACCCAGCCAAGCCCAUCUCCUUUGCUGGUUGCAUAACUCAGACCUUUCUCUUCCUAAGUUUUGCUCACACAGAAUGCCUUCUCCUGGUCAUGAUGUCCUAUGAUUGGUAUGUGGCCAUCUGCCACCCACUCCGAUAUUCUGCCAUCAUGAGCUGGAGAGUCUGCAGCACCCUGACAGUGACUUCCUGGGCAUGUGGCUUCCUCCUGGCCCUGGUCCACAUGAGCCUCAUCCUGAGGCUGCCGUUCUGUGGUCCUCAUGAAAUCAACCACUUCUUCUGUGAAAUCUUGUCUGUCCUCAAGCUAGCCUGUGCUGACACGAGGCUCAACCUACUUGUCAUCUUUGUUGCCUGCAUGUUUAUCAUAGUGGGGCCUCUCUGCUCAGUACUGGUCUCCUACACUCGCAUCUUGGCUGCCAUCUUGAGAAUCCAGUCCGCAGAGGGAUGCAGAAAGGCUUUCUCCACCUGCUCCUCCCACCUCUGCGUGGUUGGGCUCUUCUUUGGCAGCGCCAUUGUCAUGUAUAUGGCCCCUAAGUCCCGCCACCCUGAGGAGCAGCAGAAGAUCCUUUUCUUAUUUUACAGCCUUUUCAACCCUAUGCUGAACCCCCUGAUCUACAGCCUGAGGAAUGCAGAGGUGAAGGGCGCUAUGAGGAGAGCAUUGUAUAAGGAAAGUCAUUCCCAGUUGGUGGGACAUUUGAAUCACCAGCUUAUGUAA